AUCACGAAACCUCAACCCUAGCAGUAAAAGUGCUAGUGUAAUCAACCCUAGAUCCUAAGAUCAUGAGGCCAUUUAUUUUGCUAGUAUUGGUGCUAAAUGUAUUAUUUGUUAGUUGCAAUGAGGACACCUGUUCCAAGGAAGACUCUGAAAAUUCUGACUGUGAUUCCGGCGCCAUUGAUUACUCCUUGAAUGGUCUGGAUCAAGAAGACCCCAUCCUAAUCCAAGCCAUCAAAGAUCGCUUUCUCGUACCUCCCGAUCCUAAGAAAAAGCUGAAACUUCAGCAAAAGCCAAAGGGAGCUAUUCUUUAUGGCCAAUACGGCCAACCAGCUGAGGUCGAUAAAAUAUUCAAGCGCAGAAAGCUAAAUGGCUUUUUCAUUGAAGCGGGUGCUUUUGAUGGCGAGGUCUACUCGAACAGCCUACUUUUCGAGCUGAAACGCAAUUGGACCGGAUUGUUGGUGGAGCCGAAUCCUGAUUUCUUUGCCAAGAUGAAAGCCAAAAAUCGUAAUGCCCAUCUCCUACCAAAUUGCUUUUCAACUAAAACCACACCCGAGGUUGUUGAUUUUGACGCAUCCGCUUUGAUUGGUGGAAUCAUCCAGGAAGGUCGAAUUAUGCCUGGUGAUAUUGGGCGAUCUCCAGAGUAUGUAGAACGGCCUUAUCACCGAAGAACCAUCAAAGCCCAAUGCUUCCCUUUGUAUUCGGUGUUGUUGGCUUUGGGAAAUCCCAAGGUCGAUUAUUUCUCCUUGGACAUUGAGGGAGCGGAAAUCCCUGUUUUGAAAACGAUUCCAUGGGACAAAGUGGAUAUCACGGUGGUGGAAGUGGAAAUGAACCACCUUGGAAAGGUUUUCGAUGGUUCGGAGGAUGUUUUGAAGAGAUUUAUGAAGAAGAAUGGGUACAAAUUUCGGGGUAUGGUCGAGAUAGACGGUAUUUUUGUCAAAAAAGGAUUCAAAGCAACCUGAGUAUUUAUGAGAAAUAUAUUGCCUUUCUAAACGUU